AUGAGAAACUUUGAACCACACGACGAAGAAGAAGACUCUUCCACGAGUUUAUUUGAAAGUCUCACAAAGAGUCUCUCGUUUGAUCAUACUCAAGUUCAAAGUUUUAAACAACGAAAUGGACUUUAUAAUUCAUCAUCGGAGAGCAAUAAUAAUCAUCAGGGACAUUCAGCCCGAACGAAAGCUUCCUUGACCAUUCAUAAUAUGGCCGAUGAGAAGUUGUUUGAACAAUUACUUCCAGCAUCAUCAUUAGACUUUUUCGGAACAUCAAAACCAACAGCAACCUCCUCAUCAAAGGCUUCACUCAUGGAACGAAUGAAACAAUUAAAGAAAUCAUCAUCAAGUACAUCAGAAAAUUCUACCGAACAAGACAACACAACAUUGAACAACAAUGAUGAAGAGGAGGAUGAUUUCAUUGCAAAUUUACCUCCUCCUCUCACUACUGCAGAGGAAAUUCGAAAAUUUAGAAAGGAAAACAAAAUCAAAAUCAAGGGAAUUGUGAGCCAGAUGGAUCCCGAUAUGUUGUUGGCUCCUACCAUGACAAGUGCUUCCAUUAAGAAGAAACAAAUUUCUGAAAGGAGAGAUUUAUCAACACAGGAAGAGGCCUCUUCAACAACAAUGGACAAUGCUGAUACUACCACAGUCUUUACCUCUCCUUACAAACCAUUUGUUUCUUUCCUCGAAUUGAAAAAUAGAUAUCCUGAUUUAGUUCGUGAUUAUUUAUAUAGGAAUAUUAGAACCAAGCUCAAAUAUCAAUCACCAACACCUGUUCAAAUGCAAGCUAUUCCUGUACUCAUGUCAAGAAAAGAAUGUCUUGUUGCUGCUCCAACAGGUUCUGGUAAAACAGUUGCAUUUUGUUUACCCAUGUUAUGUCUAUUGGGAAAACCAAGAAAAGAAGGAUUUAGAGGAUUAAUUAUUACGCCUACCAAGAUUUUGGCUGAUCAAAUUUAUCGAAAUUUGGAAGUGUUAGGAAGUGGAAAAGAUUGGAAAAUUCGCCUUAAUGAUCAAUCGGCAGUGGAUAGUGAAGCAGGAGAGUCACAAGGAGCUGUGAGAGACAAUCAUAAAUUCCAAUCUAAGAGAAAUGAUAUUUUAAUUUCAACACCCAUGCGUUUAUUGACCAUGAUUAAGAGUGGAAUUAUUGAUUUAACCAAUGUGGAAAUGCUAGUUUUUGAUGAGGCAGAUCGUUUGUUUGACUUGGGAUUUAUUGAACAAGUCGAUGAAAUUUUGAGUUUUUGCACGAAUCCAAAUUUGGUAAAGGCAUAUUUCAGUGCCACCAUUCCAUUGAGUUUGGAACAUACAUUGAAGACACAGACCUCUCUUUUAAAACCAGACGCCGUGCAAGUGAGUAUAGGUGUGAGAAAUGCAGGACCCGACACCAUUCACCAAAAAUUAGUAUUCGUUGGUUCUGAGGAAGGUAAAUUAUUGGCUCUCAAAGAACGAAUUCGAGUAGAAGGACUGAAACCUCCAGUACUCAUUUUCGUUCAAUCCAUUGAAAGAGCCAAACAACUUUACAAGGAAAUGCUAUACACUUUAACAAACACAACAGGAAUGUCAUCGAGCUCGACCGAUACUGGUGCCAGUGAUCCUCUCGAUUAUUGUGUCGAUUAUAUUCACGGAAAACGAAGUGACAAGAAAAAUCAUGAGGUGAUUCAAAAUUUCAGAACUGGAAAAACAUGGGCAUUAAUUUGUACAGACGUCAUGGCUCGUGGUUUGGACUUUAAAAAUAUUUCGUGUGUGAUUAAUUAUGAUUUCCCAACUUCUGUCUCGAAUUAUAUUCACAGAAUUGGUAGAACAGGUCGAGCAGGGCAGCGUGGAGAGGCCUUAACAUUUUUCACCUACGACGAUAUUCCUCUGUUGAAAAAUAUUGCAGAUGUGUUGAAGAAUUCUGGUUGCCCGGUUCCUGACUACAUGUCAGAAAUUAAGCAAGUUUCAGAACAAAAGAUGACCAAGAUGGCUAUUGAAAAUAUAAAAGCUACUAAAAUUGGACGAUCUAAGAAACCAGAAGAGGAUGAGACCAAAAAGCCACUCGAUAAAAAGGAGAGAAGAAAAGCUCUCCACAUGGGUCGAGAAAAAAAAAAGCAACAACAGGCCAAUAACUCAAAAUUGACGUCAAACAAGGCGGUAAAAGAAAAGAAACCACAAGAAGAAAAGAAACGCAAGAAAGUGAGCUUUGUUGAUGCACCAACACCUAAGCGUAAUAAAUAA